AUGUAUUUGCUUGGGGUCUUGGUAUUAGAAAUUAUAAGUGGCAAAAGAAACAAAGGAGUCUAUUUCUCUCGGUCUGAGGAAUAUCUUUUAGGCAAAGCUUGGAAUUUUUGGACGAAAGGUGAAGGCUUGCAAGUAGUUGAUGCAUCCUUGGAUUGCUCAAUUGGUACCGCUGAUGUUUUAAGAUGUAUGAAAGUUGGAUUGCUAUGCGUUCAGGAGAGCCCUGAGGACAGACCAACAAUGUCGUCUGUUGUUUUGAUGUUAGGUGGCGAUAGUGACCACGCUUUGCUGCCUGAGCCUAAACAACCAGGUUUUGUGGCAAGAAAGCAUUUUUUGACUGAUCAUUCAUCGUCAAAGAUGGAUAUAUUACACAGUGUGAAUGGUGUAACAAUUACAAUGCUUGUAGGCAGGUAAUAAGCACUUUUAUCAGUUCUACCUCAAUAAUAGUGUGGUUAAAUUCUUAUGGGGAUGGAGCAUUCAUAUUCAUAAGGUGAAAAGGUACUGGUCAGUUUGUCUCCAACUAAUCUAGCCUAUUAUCCAACUUGUUUGAAUUGGACUAGACCACAUAUUAUUGAUUGUAAAUAAUAGGUAUUGGUGAUGUAGAUGAGAUGUAAACUUUGAGAUUUAAUCCUUUUUUCCCUAAGUGUGAUG